AUGUCCAGAUUAUCAUCAUUCUUCUUCUAUUCCCUCACUUUCUAUUACAUUCUUCCUCCUCCUCCUUCUCUCACUUUCCUUAACUUUCUUCCUCCUCCCCCUUCUUCAUUCUCAUCUUCCUCUUCUAUUCCCUCACUUUCUAUUACAUUCUUCCUCCUCCCCCUCCCCUCUCAUCUUCCUCUUCUAUUCCCUCACUUUCUAUUACAUUCUUCCUCCUCCCCCUCCUCCUCCCUCUCAUCUUCCUCUUCUAUUCUCUCACUUUCCUUAACUUUCUUCCUCCUCCCCCUUCCUCUUCUAUUCCCUCACUUUCUAUUACAUUCUUCCUCCUCCCCCUCCUCUCAUCUUCCUCUUCUAUUCUUCUUUCCUUCUUUCUUCCUCCUCCCCUUCUUCUUUCUCAUCUUCUUCUUCUUUCUCCCUUCUUUCUUUAUUCUUCCUCCUCCUUCCUCUUCUUUCUCAUCUUCCUCUUCUAUUCUUCUCCUCUUCUUUCUUCCUCCUCCCUUCUUCUUCUUUCUCAUCUUCUCUUCUAUUCCCUUCUUUCUCAUUACAUUCUUCCUCCUCCCUUCCCUUUCUCAUCUUCCUCUUCUUUCUCAUCUUUUCUUCUUUCUCAUCUUCUUCUUCUUUCUCAUCUUCUCUUCUUUCUCAUCUUCUUCUUUCUCAUCUUCCUCUUCUUUCUCAUCUUCCUCUUCUAUUCCCUCACUUUCUUCAUUCUUUCUCAUCCCCUUCCCCUCUCAUCUUCUUCUUUCUUUCCUUCUUCUUCUUUCUCAUUCUUCCUUCUUUCCUCCUCUCCCUCUUCUAUUCUCAUCUUUUCUUUCUUUCUUCCUCCUCCCCUUCUUCUUUCUCAUCUUCCUCUUUCUCAUUCCCUUCUUUCUAUUACAUUCUUCUUCCUCCCCUCCUCCUCUUUCUCAUCUUCCUCUUCUUUCUCUCACUUUCCUUUCAUCUUCUUCCUCCUCCCCUUCUUCAUUCUCAUCUUCUUCUUCUAUUCCCUCUUCUUUCUCAUCUUCUUCUUCUUCCUCCAUCCUCCUCUUCUCCCUCUUCUAUUCUCUCCUUUCAAUCUUUCUUCCUCCUCUUCUUCUUCUUUCUCAUCUUCUCUUCUAUUCCUCUUCUUUCUAUUUCUUCUUCCUCCUCCUCCUCUUUCUCAUCUUCUUCUUCUAUUCUCUCACUUUCUUCUUCUUUCUCCUCUUCAUUUUCUUCUUCUUUCUCAUCUUCUUUCUUUCUCAUUCCCUCUUCUUUCUAUUACAUUCUUCUUCCUCCCCUCCUCCUCUUCUCCCUCUUCUAUUCUUUCUCAUCUUCUUCUUAACUUUCUUCCUCCUUCCCCUUCUUCAUUCUCAUCUUCCUCUUCUAUUCCCUCACUUUCUUCUUCUUUCCAUCCCCCUUCUUUCUCAUCUUCCUCUUCUAUUCCCUCUUCUUUCUAUUACAUUCUUCCUCCUCUUCUUUCUCAUCUUCUUCUUCCUCUUCUAUUCUCUCUCUUUCUCAUCUUUCUUCUUUCCUCCCCUUCUUUUCUUUCUCAUCUUCCUCUUCUAUUCUCUCAUCUUUUAUUCAUUCUCAUCUCCCUUCUUCUUUCUCAUCUUCUUCUUCUUUCCCUCUUUCUCUUCAUUCUUCCUCAUCUUCUUCUUCUUUCUCAUCUUCCUCUUCUAUUCCCUCACUUUCUAUUACAUUCUUCUCCUCCUUCUCUCUUCUUCUUCUUCUUCAUCUUCUUCUUCUUUCUCAUCUUCCUCUUCUAUUCCCUCACUUUCUAUUCAUUCUUUCCUCAUCUUCCUCUUCUUUCUCAUCUUCUUCUUUUUCUCUCUUUCCUUUCUUUCUUCCUCCUCUUCUUCUUCAUUCUCAUCUUUCUUCUUUCCCUCAUCUUUCUAUUCUUUCUUCCUCUUUCUUCUUCAUUCUCAUCUUCUUUUCUAUUCUUCUUCUUUCUAUUACAUUCUUCCUCCUCCCCCUUCUUCUUUCUCAUCUUCCUCUUUCUCAUCUUCCUUUUCUUUCUCAUUCUCCUCCUCUCAUUUCUUCUUCUUUCUUCCUCUCCCCUUCUUCAUUCUCAUCUUCCUCUUCUUUCCCUCACUUUCUUUCAUUCUUCUUCUUCCUCCUCCUCUUCUUCUUCUUUUCUAUCUUCUCUUUCUCAUCUUCUUCUUUCUCAUCUUCUUCUUCUUUCUCAUCUUCCUCUUCUAUUACAUUCUUCCUCUUUCCCCUCAUCUUCUUCUUCCUCUUCUAUUCUCUCUUUCUUCUUUCUCAUCCUCCCCUUCUUUUUCUCAUCUUCUCUUCUAUUCCCUCACUUUUCUUCAUUCUUUCCUCCUCCCCCUUCUUCAUUCUCAUCUUCCUCUUCUAUUCCCUCACUUUUCUAUUACAUUCUUCCUCCUUUCUUCAUUCUUUCUUCUUCUUCUAUUCUCUUUCUAUUCAUUCUUCUUCUCAUCUUCCUCUUCUUUUUCUCUUCUUCUUCUUUCUUCAUCUUCUUCUUAUCUCAUCUUCCUCUUCUUCCUCCUCUUCUUUCUCAUCUUCUUCCUCCUCCCCUUCUUCAUUCUCAUCUUCCUCUUUUAUUCCCUUCUUUCUAUUACAUUCUUCCUCCUCCCCUUCUUCAUUCUUCUUCCUCUUCUAUUCCAUCUUCUUUUUUCUCAUCUUCUUCUUCUUCCUCCUUCUUCUUCUUUCUCAUCUUUCUUCCUCCUCCCUUCUUCAUUCUUGCUUCUUCUUCUUUCUAUUCCCUUCUUUCUCAUCUUCUUCCUCCUCCCCUUCCUUCUUCUCAUCUUCUCUUCUAUUCCCUCUUCUUUCUUACAUUCUUCCUCCUCUUCUUCUUCUUUCAUCUUCUUCUUCUUUCUCCUCUUCUUUCUUUCUCAUUCUUCCUCCUCCUCCUUCUUCUUCUUUCUUAUCUUUCUUUCUCCUCCCCCUUCUUCUUUCUCAUCUCUUCUUUCUAUUCCCUCACUUUCUUCAUUCUUUCCCCCCCUCCUCCUCUUCCUCUUUCUAUCUUCUCACUUUCCUUCUUUCUUCCUCCUCCCCUUCUUCAUUCUCAUCUUCUUCUUCUAUUCCUUCUUCUUUCUAUUACAUUCUUCCUCCUCCUCCUUCUCUCUUCUUUCCUCUUCUUUCUUCCUCCUCCCCUUCUUCUUUCUCAUCUUCCUCUUCUAUUCCCUCUUCUUUCUAUUACAUUCUUUCCUCCUCCCCUUCCUCCUCUCAUCUUCUUCUUCUAUUCCCUCACUUUCUAUUCUUCUUUUCCUCAUCUUCUCCUCCUCUCUCUCCUCUUCUAUUCUCUCAUCUUCUUCCUCAUCUUUUUUUCCUCCUCCCCUUCUUCAUUCUCAUCUUCCUCUUCUAUUCCCUUCUUUCUAUUCUCAUCUUCUUUCUUCCCCUCCUCCUCCUCUUCUUUCUCAUUCUCUCCUUUCCUUCUUCUUCUUCCUCAUCUUCUUCUUCAUUCUCAUCUUCUUCUUCUCAUUCCCUCACUUUCUAUUACAUUCUUCCUCCUCCUUCUCUCUUUUCCUUCUUUCUUCCUCUCCCCUUCUUCUUCUCAUCUUCUUCUUUCUCAUCUUCUUCUUCUUUCUCAUCUUCUUCUUUCCCCUCCUCCUCCUCUCUCCCUCUUCUAUUCUUCUUCUUCUUUCUCAUCUUUCUUCCUUUCCCUUCUUCAUUCUCAUUCUCUUCUAUUCUUUCUCAUCUUUCUUAUUACAUUCUUCCUCCUCUUUCUCAUCUUCCCCUUUCUCAUCUUCUCUUCUAUUCCCUCACUUUCUAUUACAUUCUUCCUCCUCAUCUUCUUCUUUUCUCAUCUUUCUUCUUUUCUCUCUUCUUUUUCUUUCUUUCUUCCUCCUUCCCCUUCUUCAUUCUCAUCUUCCUCUUCUUUCUCCUCUUUCAUCUUCUUCUUCCUCCUCCCCUUCUUCAUUCUCAUCUUCCUCUUCUAUUCCCUCACUUUCUAUUACAUUCUUCCUCCUCAUCCCCUCCUCCUCUCAUCUUCCUCUUCUAUUCUCUUCCUUUCUUUUCUUCUUUUCUUCCUCCUCCCCUUCUUCAUUCUCAUCUUCCUCUUCUAUUCCCUCUUCUUUCUAUUACAUUCUUCUUCCUCCCCUUCUUCAUUCUCAUCUUCUUCUUCUCUUUCCCCUAAUCUUCUUCUUCCUCCUCCCCUUCUUCAUUCUCAUCUUCCUCUUCUAUUCCCUCACUUUCUAUUUCUUCUUUUUCCUCCUCCCCCUCCUCCUCCUCUCAUCUUCCUCUUCUAUUCCCUCACUUUCUUCAUUCUUCCUCCUCCCCCCUUCUUCAUUCUCAUCUUCCUCUUCUAUUCCCUCACUUUCUAUUCUACAUUCUUCCUCCUCCUCCUUCUUUCUCAUCUUCUUCUUUCCUCUCCUUCUUCUUCAUUCUCAUCUUCCUCUUCUAUUCCCCUCACUUUCUAUUACAUUCUUCCUCCAUCUUCCUCCUCCUCCUCUCAUCUUCCUCUUCUAUUCCCUCUUCUUUCUAUUACAUUCUUCCUCCUCCCCUUCUUCUUUCUCAUCUUCCUCUUCUAUUCCCUCACUUUCUAUCUACAUUCUUCCUCCUCCCCCUUCUUCAUUCUCAUCUUCCUCUUCUAUUCCCUCACUUUCUAUUACAUUCUUCCUCCUCCCCCUCCUCCUCCUCUCAUCUUCCUCUUCUAUUCUCUCACUUUCCUUAACUUUCUUCCUCCUCCCCCUUCUUCAUUCUCAUCUUCCUCUUCUAUUCCCUCACUUUCUAUUACAUUCUUCCUCCUCCCCCUUCUUCAUUCUCAUCUUCCUCUUCUAUUCCCUCACUUUCUAUUACAUUCUUCCUCCUCCCCCUCCUCCUCCUCUCAUCUUCCUCUUCUAUUCCCUCACUUUCUAUUACAUUCUUCCUCCUCCCCCUUCUUCAUUCUCAUCUUCCUCUUCUAUUCCCUCACUUUCUAUUACAUUCUUCCUCCUCCUCCUCCCCUCAUCUUUGUCUUCUAUUCUCUCACUUUCUUUUACAUUCUCCCUCCCUAUUUUCCUUAACUGUCUUCUACUCUUCUUUUGCACACAUCCUUAUUAUCUUCUGACACCAUCCUUUUCUAUUCUUAUUUCUUUUCCCCCUUCUUUGCUUUGUCAUUUUUCCUACUUUCUGCUUUCUUAG